AUGAGUUUCCCGUGGCCAUUCGCGGUAUGGGAAAUCGACCUCAUAGAAUCCCUACCAACAGGAAAAUGUGGAGUCAAAUAUGUUGUAGUUAUUGUGGAUUACUUCACCAAAUGGACCGACGUUGAACCUCUGGCCACGAUCACCACAAAAAAAGUUCUGGAUUUUGUGGUAAAGAUCAUAAUUUUCAAAUAUGGGAUACUAAGGAGCAUUUUCUUGGACAAUCGAACCCAGUUUGAAAGUGUACUGUUCACCCAGUUCUGCGAGAAAAAUGGGAUACUUAAAAGGAUCUCCUCAGUAGCCCAUCAAUUAGCGAAUGGUAAAGUCAAGGCCGUAAACAAGACUCUAAAAAGCUCCAUUAAGAAAAAGCUUGAGGAAGCUAAUGGUAGGUGGCCCGAAGAAUUACCACAAGUCCUUUGGGCUAAUAGAACAACAACUCAAACCUCAACUACACAUACACCUUUCUCCCUAGCCUACGACUACGAAGCGAUGUUGCCAAUUGAGGUCAAAGUUCCUACUAUUAGACUUGAAGCAUAUAACCAGGACUCAAAUCAAUCUCAACUCAAAGAAGCCUCAGAUUUAAUUGAAGAAAAGCGAGAGAAGCCCAGCUUAAAAAUGUUGCAUACUAGCAAAUGGCAACAAUAUACUUCAAUAAAAGGGUUCGAGAAAGACAUUUUGGAUUGGGAAAUUUGGUGCUUAGGCGAGUAUUUUUGGCCACACCAGACCCCUCUACAGGCAGGCUCGGGCCUAAUUGGGAGGGACCUUACCAAAUUGAAUCCAUCAUUCGACCUGAGGUGA